CUCAGGUGAUGAAAUGCGUGGCGCGUUUUCAUACUUUCCAACAAGUUUACACUCAUUCAUAAAGGUCUAUUUUUUGGGCGAUUAUUUUAUUUUCCUAACAUUAGAAAGUUCACCAUUCAUAUCGUCAGACAACUGAAUUGCACCUGUCACGUUAUUUCGUAUACAAGGUGAUCGUCAGGUAAUUGUGAACUCAGUGCAUAACUUAGUAUUCAUAGCAAACGUUUACAUUUAUUCAUUGAUUUGAAGAACGAUUAGUUCACUAAUGAAAACAUCUAUAGUUCAGCAGCCUGUCGGUCUGGUACCCAAUACAUACUAUGGCCCACAACCUGUCUCUUCAGCAUGUGAUAUUUGCAUGAAUAAGAUUACUACAACAGUUCAGUACCGUAAAGGAGUAUGUACUUGGAUGGCUUGUACUGGAAUAACAUUAAUUGGCGGUAUAUUCGGAUGCUGUUUAAUACCAUUUUAUGUGAAUUCAUGCAAAGAUGCUUAUCACAGUUGUCCAGAAUGUGGAACAUUACUUGGAGUUUAUAAACGUAUCUAAAAUCUAUCACCGAUUGCUACUUCUUUUUUUUUCACAAAACGUUGUUUUCUUUCUUCCCCAUUUGUUUCAAUCUACUGAGCUUUUUGUAUAAAAUAUAAGUGAAAAUAAAACCAUAUUAAAUUAUCUUAUAUCAAUUUAAUGAAUGUUUAUCUUAAUUUCUCAACUUUUAUAAUUUUCCUAUUAUUCACAUUACUCAGUAUUGUCUGUAUUCCUGAAGUUUUAGUUUUAGUUUUAACUUCCAUAUAUACAAUAUAUUUCAUAAUUACACAAAAAAAUGUACACAAAUAAGAAAAACAAUUUCUAUCCUAUUUUAUCUAACUUACUAUAACAAUGUACUCUGUUUUGAUAUGAUCAAUUUAAACCGCUUCAUAUACAAGUGUUGUGGUAACACUUUUCAUUUUUUUUUUAUGAUCACUUCUUUCAGUCGUUGUUUUAUGACUUUCAGCUAACUAUUUUCAUAAUAUGUGUGUUACCUAUUAUUACAUCUAUCAUUUUGAAUAUAAUUUUUAAAGAAAAAGCUAUUGCAUAGAAUACUAUAUAUAUAUAUAUAUAUAUAUAUAUAUAUAUAUAUAUAUAUAUAUGCAAGUUGGAUUUCUUUUCAAGAGGAAAAACAGAUUGUCCUUCUACAUAUGUACAUCAGCCGAUACACUACCAUUGUUUAUCUUAUUUUUAAAACACAAUUAUAUGAACGAAGAAUAUUCUUUUCAAUUAUUUCUCAUCAGGUCAAAAUAAAUUUAUAUAUUUAUUAAAUGUUUAUUUUGACAGAGUACCUUUACUGUGUAACACAUAUUGCCGGAUAUUAUAUUACUUUUGUUGAGUCUCUUAAUGUAUAUAAAAAAACAACAUGUUUUAUUACGCAGAAAUAAGUAAUAUUUAUGUGAAAACUUUUACGAUUAUUUUUAUUUGUACCUUAUGAAUGUGAAUGAAUAAAGUACUUCAAAUAAAC